AUGAGAAAAGCAGUAUUAUUAUUAGUCUUAAUUACUUUUUGCGUCGCUAAAUUACCUGGCUACAAUGUUGACAUUUAAGAGACUUCAGUCUCAGGUUUGAGUGCUGGUGCAUUCAUGGCUGCUUAAUUCCAAGUAGCUUUUAGUUCUACAAUUAAAUCAAGUACUAUUGUUGCUGGUGGUCCUCCUAAUUGUGCUGAAGGUAACUUGAGCACAGCUCUUACUAACUGUAUGAAUAUCCCCACUAGUAUCAAUGUUAACACCCUUGUAACUAAAUCAAAGAACUAAUCUACUUCUAAGUCUAUUGACCCUAUCUCUAAUCUUUAAGGAAAGAAGGUUUUCUUAUACAGUGGAUCUAAAGACACAGUUGUCAAAUAAGGUGUUGUCAAGGCUACUUAAAAAUUCUUCGAAUUAUUAGGUGCUAAUGUUUCAACUAAAUACGACAUUGCUAGUGAACAUUCUUAUGUUACUCCUAGCAACGGAAAGGCUUGCUCCUUCCUUGGAACUCCCUACAUCAAUCACUGUGAUUACGACACUGCUAGAGUUUCCUUAGAAACUGCUUAUGGAACAAUCAAUGAUGCAGUCCCAGCUGUUUCUGCUAACCUCAUUAAAUUCUCUUAAGAUUCCUACGUUUCAUCAGGCAUGUCUAUGAACUCUAAUGGUUAUGUCUAUGUUCCUACUAGCUGCAAGAAUGGUGCUAAGUGCAGACUUCACGUAAGCUUCCACGGAUGUCAAUAAACUCUUGAAGAUAUUGGCACUUAAUACGUUACUUUAACUGGCUUAAAUGAAUAUGCUGAAUCAAAUAACAUCAUUGUUUUAUAUCCCUAAGCUAAGAAGUCAUAAUUAAUGCCCUCAAAUCCCAAUGGAUGUUUCGACUGGUGGGGAUACACUGAUACUUUACCCACAAGUUUGAAAUAUGCUACUAAAGAAGGUAAAUAAAUGAAGGCUAUCUUCUAAAUGAUUACUGAUCUUGCUUCUGGCUCAAAAGCUGAAGCAUAAUGA